AUGGAUUCCAAUUCAUAUAUACCGGUCUCAAACUUUGUAGACCUUCUGAAUAGUCAGCAAGAGACUGUCUUUGGCUUUGUUCAAGACAGUGGUGAAGUUUCUUCCUCCCAAGUCCCUCUCUUUAGCAGUCAAGUAACGGAAGCAGAGACUCCUGGAGAGCGUAAGGAAAGGAGGUCUUGGACGCCUGUAGAUGAUGUUGCUCUCAUUAGCGCUUGGCUUAACACAAGCAAAGACCCGGUUGUAGGUAAUGAGCAAAGAGCCGGUGCGUUCUGGAAAGGGUUGCUGCAUACUUUGCGGCUAGUCCCAAGGUUGCAGGAGUUGCGGAAUGACCAGAAAUGGUGUGAAUUGCCAGCAGCUAAAACCGCAGGAAGCAGUAAAAAGAGGAAGUGUGAUGAGAGUGCACAAUCAUCGAGCUCUUACGUAUUUGAAACCACCACUGGUGAAGAAGAGCAGACCACCAUUCGCCCACCGGGUGUUAAGGCUUCAAAGGGCUUUGGUAAGAAGACGAUGGUAGAGGGUAAGAGAUUAACUGAGUUUCACAGUCUGUGGAGUAUCAGGAAGGAGGAUAUCGCUGCAAAAGAGAGGCUGACAAAGAUGAAGCUAUUUGAGUCAUUAGUAGCAAAACAAGAACUAGCUGACUAUGAGUCGUGUAAAUGUUACGGCGUUGAGGCGGCAGAGCUUGAUAGUGACAGUGUGGGGUCCAGCUACGGUAAACGGAACUCGAUUACUCUAGCGUCACGUGCGGUUAUUUAUAAGCUGCGUGUUGAUUAUGAGCAAUUUGGUGGAUAA